AUGUCCCCAGGAAACAUAGUGUUUGACCCAUGCGGGGAUGUCAAGCUUUGUGUUGGAGAAACGGACCCUGUCACCUUUACAGCCUGUUCAAGGGCUUUAGCUAGGGCAUCGCCAGUCUUUGAGCGUAUGCUCUUCGGGCAAUUCAUGGAGUCGAAACCAUCAAACGGCGAGGACCGGCUCGUUGAGCUCCCAGAGGACGAGCGAAAAGCAUUAUCCACCUUCCUCAAUAUAUCACAUGGUCAAUUCGAUCAGGUGCCCCGAAAUCCAUCAAUAGAUGACCUAUACGACCUCACAGUGUUGUCAAACUACUAUGAUGGCACACAUAUGUUGGAGCCCUGGAUAGGAAGGUGGAUGUCUUUGGUUGAGGAUGACACAAAGGCGUCAAAGGAGUCCAUGGCCAAGAGCCUCUGGAUAGCAUGGGAGUUUGGACGGAAAGACCCUUUUUGCCGCUUAGUAAGAAGAAUGCUCACGGAAUCCGAUGGCUCCGAAGAUCCCCAUCUCCAAAUGCAGCCAGAUAUCAUAGAGAGAAUAUCUGCAAAUCGUCUCAUGAUCAUCCAAGCACUUCUAGAUAUCAUCAGAAAGCUCAUCAAUGAUCUACUAGUUGUCGAUGAGAAGCCCCGCUGGUGUCGGCAUGCAGAGUGGAUGGGACCGCAUCGCUGCGAGUCCAUGAUCCUGGGUUCAAUAACGUUUUGUCUCGCUCGAGGGGGCCUGUGGCCUUUACCCCAAGCAGAAGAUGUGAUGGACAGCAUCGUUGGACUGCUUCUUGUUGAGCGAAGUGGAAAGGGUAUUUAUUGA